GCCAUCUCAAACAUCUUUCUCUACCAUCAUUUCAUCAUCAAUAACCAAAUACUGUUACUCAUCCUUUAUACUUUUUAAUCCAGAAAUCACUCUGAAUGACUUGAACCGGUUAGUAUAUUCUAUUAAAAUAUGAUCGUUAGUCAUCAUCAACAACAAUGAGAAAUCCUAAGCCAGUAGAAGAAUAAAUACUUGAAAAAAGAACGGCCAUCUAAUCAGAGCUUAUUGCCAUCAACGUUCCUAAGAUGGGCUCUCAAGUAAUAAUAAAUAUUAUCAACAUACCAAACAUCUAUGAAAGCAUGAUUUUGCCUGCAGUUGUAAAAACCAAGUUACCCGAUAAAUGUCCUUCCUUUAAGAUAGUAGAUUACAAACAAACAACCUACGAAAUCUGCUUACAAGUUAUGUUGGAUGGUUGUCUUCGAUUGUUUGGUGAUGAAUGGACCACGUUUGUUCAGACCCUAAACCUACAUGAGAUCGAGACACUCUGUUUCACACAUCAUGUAGGGAUUGUAUUCAUUAUCCAUGUCUUUGACAAAAAUGGACUCGAGGUUCAUACAUAUCCUGGUGGAACUUAUAUUCCGGCAUGCUUGGUAAAAGCAACUUAUGAAAGUUACGACAAGCAGAUUUUACCCCACCAGUUCCUAUUAGAAUUACCUCUCAGAGAAGAUCAGACGGAAAACAAGACAGCAAGAUUGCUCGGAGGGAAUCAAGAUGUUGUUCAAGUUGAGUAUGUACCACAUGCAGAAAAUGAACCAGAAAUGAAAGGGGAUGAACAUGGAAUAGCCCAUGCAUUCGUUGGAUCACAAUGGAAGAUCUUUGCGUCCCAAAACAAUGUUGAAAACAACUGUUGGCUUCCUUUUCAGAAACAAAUACAAACUAGAAAGUACAGAGUCGUAUAUGGAGUAACCGUAUUCAACAAGUACGGUAUAUCAUUGCAUACCGGUCCAAGUAAAAGAUGUAACCAUCCGCUUCAUAAUCACAACAGGAUAAAUCCUUACUUUUACCAAAGGCUCACUGUCAGUACAUUGGCAACCCGUGCAUUGAAAAUACCAAGCAAGUUUAUAUCAAAUCAGAAACUUCAUAUGUACCGGGAAGCUAGAAUUCUUUAUCGCCACAUGUUAUUCAAAGCUUCUGUAAAAAGAAAACCAGAAACAACAGAGAACAAAAACAGUCAACUGCAUUUAAUCUCUGAUUGGAAGACAUUCACUGAACAAACAGGGAUUUUAUCCGGGAAAAAGCUACGAUUUGAAUUGCUCCAGGAAUUCUGCAUACAGAAUGAAAGACUCUGUUUUCAAUUAUGCUAAUAUUCUUACUAGGUAAUCUGCUCUGAUGUUUGUUUAUGGAAGACAACAAAACCUAUCUUUUGAUACAUU